CAGAAAAAUAGAGUGAGAGAGAGAGAGAGAGAGGAGAGAGAGAGAGGAGAGAGAGAGCAAGAUCUUUAAAUGAGAAGAAAAUAAUCCUAGCAAACUUUUAGAGAUACCUUAGAAAUUUGUAAUCUCAGUCAAUCAUGGUCGCCCCAAUUCGUGCAGCUCCUCCAUCUCCCGAAGGGUAUUACGCAACAAACAACGAGUUUCUAGUGAGUGGGUCAAAAGGAUACACGGAGAUGAAGAUGCUUGAGAACGAAGAGAUGUUCUUGAGGAUUGACCUUCCCGGUGUUCCAGAAGACGGCGUGUCGGUUUCAAUCGACCGGUCCAAGAAAUUUGUGUGGGUCAACGCCGAAGCACCAAAAGUCCACAAACACGACUCAUCUCACCGGAAAUACGAAACCCUCCCCGGAAUUACAUGCAAAUGCUGCGUUAUCUCCAGCUUCACCGCCGACAUGUCCGACGGCGUUCUAAGGCUUGUCCUCUCCAAGACAAACACCAUGCCACAACAUCUUCGUAGCAAAGGUCCUCACAAGUUUCCCCAUGGCUCGAAUCCCAGUGACCCGAGUUACACGGGUCCGGUAUUGGAGUCACACCCAUGUGUGUUACAAGGAUCGGGUAUGGCCUAUGAGUCUAAGCAGCUCCAAAACGGCAGCUUAUACUUGCGUAUUGACAUGCCUGGCGUUCCCAUCGACAACUUCACCGUCUCAGUCGCUAACGGGAAGCUGAAGGUGACUGGUGAAGCCCCUGUGGUUAGUCCCCACGACCAAGGUCCUCGUUUCUACUCUGGUGAGGUGGCUGCGCUCUCCACUCCGGUCAACAUUCCUAGCCGUCGGAUGAAAUCCAUCGCCAAGGACGGUGUGCUUCGCCUUCUCAUCCCUCCCAUUUGAUUCCAUGUUUAUUUGUGUUUUGUUAAAUUCUUUUUCUGAAG